AUGAAGAAUCUUUACUGGUUUAAGCAAAUAUCUAACAGUGGCAAAUCAGAGAGGAGGCUUUCUCUUGGAGAAUAUAAGAGAGCAGUUUCUUGGUCUAAGUAUUUAGUGUCAUCUGGGGCAGAGAUUAAAGGAGAGGGAGAGGGAGAAUGGAGUGCAGAUAUGUCCCAGUUGUUAAUUGGUAACAAAUUUGCAUCAGGGAGGCAUAGUAGGAUUUAUAGAGGGAUAUACAAGCAAAGAGAUGUGGCAAUCAAGCUUGUAAGUCAGCCUGAGGAGGAUGAGAGCUUGGCUGCUAUGCUUGAGAAUCACUUCACUUCAGAGGUAGCUUUGCUGUUUCGAUUAAGGCAUCCUAAUAUCAUCACUUUUGUUGCAGCUUGUAAGAAACCUCCUGUAUUUUGCAUAAUCACUGAGUAUUUGGCUGGGGGCUCAUUGAGAAAAUUUCUCCAUCAGCAAGAGCCAUAUUCAGUUCCUCUCAAUCUAGUUCUGAAAUUAGCUCUUGACAUUGCACACGGGAUGCAAUAUCUCCAUUCUCAAGGGGUACUUCACAGAGAUCUCAAAUCUGAAAAUUUGCUGCUUGGAGAAGAUAUGUCCGUCAAAGUUGCUGAUUUUGGUAUUUCCUGCUUGGAAUCUCAAUGUGGUAGUGCAAAGGGAUUCACAGGUACAUAUCGUUGGAUGGCUCCUGAAAUGAUCAAAGAAAAACACCACACAAAGAAAGUUGAUGUCUACAGUUUUGGCAUAGUCCUUUGGGAGAUCCUAACAGCAAUGACACCAUUUGACAACAUGACUCCAGAACAGGCUGCAUUUGCAGUCUGCCAAAAGAAUGCCAGACCACCAUUGCCCACAAAAUGCCCACUGGCUUUUAGACAUCUCAUUAGUCGAUGUUGGUCGAGCAAUCCAAAAAAACGACCACAUUUUGACAAGAUAGUUGGGAUUUUGGAAAGUUAUUCAGAGUCCCUCGAGCAGGAUCCAGAAUUUUUUACAUCCUACAAACCUCCCACUAAUACUAUUUUGAGAUGCUUCCCGAAAUUUAGUCGUCGGUCUGGUUCUGGUUCUGGUUCUGUAAAAGCCUAG